AUGGAUAAGGGUAUUUUUGCAAGAUACAUGGAUAGUAGGGGUGUUUAUAACAUUCCCAAUUUACUAAACUUUACUAAUCAACUGAACUUGCUUGCGGAGGACUAUAUUUUGCAUCGCUUUGAAUCACUAGUUGAUGCGGAGAUUGACUUUAAACGAUUUGGUGUACCUCUGCCACAAGGGGAAGAUUUAGUUGCAACUGAAGUUCUUGAAAAACUUUCCAAUGUAAAGCUUUUAAAGAUAUCUGGUGAGAGUGAGACCUUUGAGGUCUCUUUUAAUAAUAAGAAUAAAACGAUGUUGAACUUUCUCAGAAUCUCACCUAAUCUAGAAACAAUUGUUAUUGCUCAGGGCUUUCUUGGAGAUCUAUCCAGCACUGAUUGUGGUUGGACACCAGGUAUGGUGCCUCAUUGUAUGUUGUUGCACCUCAAGUUAGUCAAGCUGUUUGAGUUUGCUGGGUUCUUAGAGGAGCUCAAUACUGUAAAGUCAUUUUUGAAGAAUGCAAGAGUCCUACGGAGGAUGAUCAUCAAGUUUUCUUCAAAUUUAUCAGCAGUUCAGCAGAACAAAAUAAUGAAGCAGUUGAUAAAAAUUCCAAGAGGCCGCAGUAAAUGUAUUAUGGAGGUCUUAUAA